AUGGCUCUAUCUUGGAAGUCAUUUGACUUCUUCGACGUCCAACAAGUACAGCUCCGUGACGAUGAGACGCGCGCAUUCUUCGAGAGCAACGAGAUUUCAAGCGUCUGUUCUGGCUCCGACAGCCUCUUCCUUGGCAGCAACGACGGCCAUGUGCGCAUCGUCGGCCCCAGCUGGAAGAUCGUGAGAAGCUUCCGGGCGUAUGGUGACGAUGACGAUGUUGGGCCGGCGAGGCAGCGAAUCACGCAUAUGCGCCAGGUUGAGGGGACAAGCUUGCUGGUUACAAUCGCCGAGGACCUGAGCAACGAGCCGGUGCUGAAGGUUUGGGCGCUCGACAGGCCGGUCAAGAAGACGGGUCUGCCGACCUGCCUGAGCACGGUGCAGAUCAACAAUGCAAAGAAGCAGUUCCCGAUCUCUGCAUUUACGGCCACCGACGACCUUAGUCAGGUUGCUGUCGGAUUCGCGAACGGUUCCGUUACCGUCAUUCGGGGCGACCUCAUCUACGACAAAGGGACAAGGCAGCGCAUUAUACACGACUCUGAGGAGCCUAUCACGGGAAUCGAGAUGCGAACCGAGGAUGGCGAAAGUGGGGGCAAAGUCACUACACUGUUCAUAGCAACGACAGCGCGCAUCUUGAAAAUUGUCAUCUUCGGCAAGGGCCAGGGGCAUCCGCCCAAAACGGUUGAGGAUUCUGGCUGUGGAGUUGGGUGCAUGACCGUCGACACCAAAACCGGCGACAUCGUCGUGGCGAGAGACGACGCCAUAUACUACUAUACGCUAGAGGGCAGGGGAGCUCCAAGGGCAUACGAGUGCCCCAAGAGCCUGAUCUCGACGUAUGGGGACUACUUGGCCCUUGUUUCGCCGCCUGCAAACUCUGCUUCUUCAGGCAGCGGGCAGCCAGACUCAAUGAGGAGAAGGUUUGGAGCGUCACCGGCUGAUACCAUCUUCAACGCAUCGACGUUUUCGUUCUUGGAGACCGAUUUGAAGAUUGUGGCCCACACGCAGUCUGUGAUAUCCUCCGUGCAGGCUCUGUUCCAGGUCUGGGGCGACAUGUAUAUGCUCACUUCAGACGGCAAGAUAUCGCGGUACCAUGAGAAGCCGCUACAACAGAGACUAGAAAUGCUCUAUCAACGCAAUCUCUAUCUUCUCGCAAUUGAACUGGCGCAAAAGUCAGACAUGGAUGCGCGAGAACAGAACCUCAUAUUUCGCAAGUUUGGUGAUCAUUUGUACCAAAAGGGCGAUUACGACGGUGCCAUGACCCAGUAUAUCAAAGCAAUCGACAGCACAGAACCGUCGAGGGUCAUUCGCAAGUUCCUCGACACCCAAAGGAUACAUAAUCUUAUUAGCUAUCUCGAGCAAUUGCACGAGAACCGUAAAGCUACUGCAGAUCACACGACACUUCUGCUCAACUGCUAUGCCAAGCUCAAAGAUGUGGACAAGCUGGAGGCAUUUAUCAAGUCUCCGGGAGAUCUCAGGUUCGAUCUUGACACUGCUAUAUCCAUGUGCAGACAGGGCGGAUAUUACGAGCAGGCGGCAUAUCUCGCUCAGAAACAUGGCGAGACGGAUCUCGUUGUCGAGAUUCUGAUUGAGGAUUCGAAAAAGUACGACGAUGCUCUCGACUUUAUUUGGCAUCAUACCCCUGAAAUUGCUUAUCGCUGCCUGAUGAAAUAUGCUAGGGUGCUGAUCGAGCAUUGUCCGAAAGAGGCCACGCAACUAUUCAUUGACUACUACACGGGCAGUUACCAGCCAAGAGUCGACGCUGUUCAAGUCCAGGAAGCUGCUGCCCCCUCUGGAGCUGGUGGGCUUGCUGCAGGAGCAGUGACUGCUGUGCAAAACCUCACACAUCUCAUCCCCCUACCGUAUAUGAGCAGUACUUCUGCUACAGCGACACCGAAUGGUGCGGCCGGCACAAAGUCGCCGGCCAGCGAUGUGACUGGUAUCAAGGACUUGACUCCUCAGGUCAAGUUCGAAUACAAUCGUCCGGCACCUCGCACAGCUUUUUCUUCCUUUAUCGAUCAUGCUGAUGAGUUCAUCAUAUUUCUUGAGGCGUGUCUGAAGGAGAAGAGUCUCAGUGAUGAAGAAAAGACGGAUGUUUACACCACACUGUUCGAGAUGUAUUUGCACAUAGCUGCAGAGCAAAAGAACGAGGACAGCCGUGGCGAGUGGGAGGCCAAAGCCAAGGCCCUGAUCUCAGUGGACGGUAUAGACAAGUCAAAGACACCCAUGAUCGAUAACUCGAGCGUGUUGCUACUCUCGCAUCUAUCAGACUUUCGCGACGGAACUACACUGGUCAAGGAGCAAUCCGGGCUGCUAUUUGACAUAUUCCGAUCGUACACUUUGGCUAAGGACACCCGCGGUGCUAUCCGGGCUCUGCGGAAGUACGGCCCUGAAGAACCCCAACUUUACCCAGCGGCGCUAGCGUACCUGACUUCAGACCCGCGAGUAUUGGAUGAGGCAGGCACAGAAGAGCUCACGGCUGUUUUACAACGCAUCGAUAAAGACAAGCUGAUGGCACCACUACAAGUUGUGCAGACGCUAUCCAAGGGCGAUGUGGCCACAGUUGGAAUGCUCAAGCCAUAUCUCCGCGAAACGAUUGAACGUGAAAGGAAAGGGAUCGCGGCCGAUCGUCGGCGGGCCGCAAACUUCAAGAAGGAGACGGCGCAACGCAAAGCAGAAAUGGCGGACCUAAGUUCUAAGCCGGCCGUAUUUCAGGCAACGAGAUGUAAUGGGUGCGCACUACCACUGGAGCUGCCAGCGGUGCAUUUCCUCUGCAAGCACUCAUUCCACCAGAGGUGUCUGAAGCGGGGCGUUAGCACAGACGCGUUUGGUGAGCGAGAGGAGGACUCGACAGGCGAAUGUCCGAUAUGUGCUAAAGACAAUGACACUAUCAGAGCGAUGAUGCAAGCGCAGGCUGAGAAUGCAGGGAAGCACGAUCUGUUCAAAGAUGCACUGGAGCACAGUGAGGACCGAUUCGGCACGGUUGCAGAUUGGUUUGGCAGAGGAGUGAUGAGUGCACCAAACGAAGAAGCAUAG